UUACCAUAAGAAUAAAUCCAAAUUUUACUAAACUGCCUAUAAACACACUCAUCCGAUCCACCACCGUAAGAAACCCUAGUUUAAUUUUGAGGAUUUGGCUUCAUUCUGUCUCAAUCAUUAACCGAGGGAUUUGUGUUGAUCUGCCUGCGUGGCUUCGAUUCAUGAAUUUAAAGUACCAAUUUGAAGUAAUUCGAUGGGGAGGAAGAGCGCCACUGCAAUUGAAUCAAAUAAGGAGGGGUUGGCGAUGGAAGAUGAUGUGGCGUUUAAUGAUGUUGAUGGAGAAGCAGGGGAUAAUGUCUCUGCAGAGGAGGGAGAGAGGAUGAUGCUCCUGCAAUUCAAUUUGGUGGAAAAAAGAAGGCAAAGGGAAAAAUGAGUGGAUAUAACAGUGGUUUUGUUGCUUCAGCUUUUGGGUUGCUAGGAGAAGAUGAUGAUGAUGAUGAUGUUGAAAGAGGGGAAAAAGAUGAUGACAUUUCCGCAUUUGAAUUGGUUGAUGGAGAGGAAGAGUGCGGAGAUAAAGAUGGAGAUGAUGUUGGUAUUAGUUUUACUGGUAAAAAGAAGAAGUCGAAGAAGGCAUCGUUCGGUUCCACAUUGCUCGAAGAAGAAAGCGAUGCACCAUCUGAUAUUGUUGAAUGUGGUGGUGAUUGUAAGAGUAAAAAGGAAGAUGUAGCUUCGAAAAACAAAGAGAAGAAGAAGAAGAAGAAGAAAGGUGGGAAAAAUCUACAAGAGGAAGAAGAGGACCUGGACAAGAUCCUGGCUGAGCUUGGCGUGCCUCUUCCACCUGCCGAACAAGAGAAGGCUGAAGAGGAGGGGCAUGUGGAGGCUGUAACAUCAAAGAAGAAGAAAAAGGAGGGCAAAGAGUAAGAGGAGAAGGCGUCUGCUGCGGAAGAAAAACCGGAAGAUACAAAUAGUAAAGUAAGUGGGAAGAAAGUCUCGAAGCAUGUGAGGGAGAUGCAGGAGAGGCUUGCUAAACUGAAGGAGGCUGAAGAGAGGAAGAAACGCGAAGAAGAAGAGAAAUUGAGAAAAGAAGAAGAGGAGAGGCUUAGACAAGAAGAACUGGAUAGAUUGGCUGAAGAGAAAAAGCGUUUAAAGAAGGAGAGGGAGAAGGAGAAGCUCCUCAAGAAAAGGCAAGAAGGGAAGCUUCUUACUGGGAAGCACAAGGAAGAGGCUAGGAGGUUGGAGGCAAUGAGGAAUCAAAUAUUAGCUAAUGCGAAAUUGGAACUACCCACUGGAGAGCCUGCCAGGAGACCUCUGUACCAGAAGAAAAAAUCAAAGCCCAAAAACCAAUCUAAUCGGGAGAGCACUGAUGCAAAAGAGAUCCGAGAAGAUGUUGUGUUGGAGUUGGCUUCUGUUGAAGCAGAGAAUGUUGAGGUAACUGAUGUUGUCGACAACAAUGGAGUUGAUGAUGAUGAAGAAGAUGAUGAAGAGUGGGAUGCCAAACGUUGGGAUGAAGCUGACUUGAUGUUACCAGGAAAAAGUGUAUUUGAUGAUGAAGAAGUUGAUUCAGAAUCUAAGCCCUUGCCUAAGAAGGAUAUGCCAAUUGGCUUGGUUGAGAAAGUGAUGCCACCAAAAUUGGAGAAUGUGGAUGUUCAAAACAACUCUGUGGCAGAGAAGAAGAAAACAGAAGUUGUUGAUGAUCAGCCUGUUCGAAAUGGACAAAACCUUCGGUCUCCUAUAUGUUGUAUUAUGGGCCAUGUCGAUGCUGGAAAGACGAUGUUGCUUGAUUUUAUUAGAGGUACACACGUCCAAGAAGGCGAGGCGGGUGGGAUUACACAGCAAAUUGGAGCAACCUAUUUCCCUGCUGAGAAUAUAAGGGAGAGGACAAAGCACCUGAAAGCUGAUGCAAAGCUCAAUGUCCCCGGUUUGUUAGUGAUCGAUACCCCCGGACACGAAUCUUUCACCAAGCUGCGUUCUAGAGGAUCAGGACUAUGUGAUAUUGCAAUUUUGAUUGUUGAUCUAAUGCAUGGUUUGCAGCCACAGACAAUUGAGUCACUCAAUCUUUUGAAAAGUGGAAAUACAGACUUUGUAAUUGCCUUGAACAAAGUUCACAGACUUUAUGGGUGGAAGACUUGCCGUAAUGCACCAAUAGGAAAGGCAAUCAAACAACAGUCAAAAGAUGUCAUGAUUGAAUUUAACAGGAGGCUAACUGAGAUUAUUACUCAGUUUAAGGAGCUGGGCCUCAAUACCGAGUUGUAUUAUAAGAACAAAGAAAUGGGGGAAACAUAUAACAUUGUACCAACAAGUGCCAAAAGUGGAGAGGGCAUCCCAGAUUUACUGUUGCUGCUAGUCCAAUGGGCUCAGAAGACGAUGAUUAAAAGGCUUACAUAUAGCGAGGAAGUGCAGUGUACUAUUUUGGAGGUCAAAGUGGAUGAAGGACAUGGGACAACAAUCGACAUUGUAUUAGUGAAUGGCGUGCUUCGUGAAGGAGAUCAAAUAGUUGUUGGUGGCAUGCAGGGACCAAUCGUUACCUCAAUUAGAGCAUUGCUAACACCCCACCCCAUGACAGAGCUCAGAGUCAAGGGAACAUAUUUGCAUCACAAAGAAAUCAAGGCUGCCCAAUGUAUCAAGAUUGCUGCACAGGGACUUGAGCAUGCUAUUGCAGGUGCUAGUCUAUAUGUUGUGGGGCCUAAUGAUUACAUAGAGGAUAUCAAAGAAUCUUCCAUGGCCUAUGUAAAUAAAGUGAUGAGUAGGAUUGGCAAAAGUGGUAAAGGGGUGUGUGUUCAGGCAUCUACACUUGGGUCUUUAGAAGCAUUGCUGGACUUCUUGGAGACGCCGGCAGUUAACAUACCGGUGAGUACUAUAAGUAUCGGUCCUGUACACAAGAGGGACGUGAAGAAGGCUAGUGUCAUGCUUGAGAAGAAAAAGGAAUAUGGGACUAUACUGGCUUUUGAUGUUAAAGUAGCAACAGAUGCUCAGGAACAUGCUGAUGAACUUGGUGUCAAAAUUUUCACUGCUGACAUUAUAUACCACCUUUUCGAUCAAUUCAAGGCACACAUAGAUAGUUUCAAGUUGGAAAAGAAGAGAGAUGCUGCAAAGGAUGCGGUUUUCCCCUGUGUCCUCAAGAUCAUACCAGACUGUGUUUUCAAUACGAAAGAUCCGAUUAUCUUGGGAGUUGAUGUUGCUGAAGGCAUUGCUAAGAUAAUUGGCAGCAACCCUGAGGAGCAACAGAAAAUGUUAGGGAGACAUUUUGAGGUGGAAGACUUGCUUAAAAGCAAGAUCUCAAGGCAUUCAAUUGAUGUGCUUAAAGCUUACUACAAGGAUGAAGUGUCUCCCGAAGAUGUGAGAUUACUUACGGAUUUGAAAAAAGAGUUCGGGAUACCAUGAUUUUAAUCUAAUGGAGUUCGAUAGCGACCAGAAUGAACGAGACCAAACAUUACACAAUUGCGCAUUCUAUUGUUGAAAUGAGUUUCCAUUUAUUUCACCACACCAUUUUUCUCUUGAAGUAUGGAUUUUGUUUGGAUUGAAAUUCAAUCAUAAUGACUUUACUAGACUAGGGUCAUAUGAGAGUGGUUAGAUCUUCAAAAGGAAAUUUUCAAAAAUUAGUUACCA